UGUGAAAUAUUAAAAUAGAAUGCAAAAUCAUGAACUACAUAAAUGAAUUAAAUAAAGUGACUGCGUGAAAAAAUUAAAAAACAAAAACUCAAGUGCUUUAAGAACCUACAAAUGCGAUUGAAAAUUGAAAAAUCAACAAUUUAGAGCAUUUAAAAAUUUGCGAUUUAGCAUUUCAAAUCAAAAACUUAAAUAUCUUUACUGUGCCAAGUGCUAGAAUCUGUCAGACGAUCUGUCUUCAAGAACGCCGAGUUUAAGAGAGCUGUCCGAAUUUAAUUUUUUGAUUAUCUAAUUAAUAAUAUGCAUAACUCAAUUAUUCGGACAUCACCAGAAAACCCCUGUGCAGAAUUAAAGUAUGACACUGAAGCAACCAAAGAAAAGUUUAACACAGAAAUAACAGAUAUUAAUAGCGCCAAACCGCCUUACAGUUAUGUUGCACUAAUUGCCAUGGCUAUACAGAAUUCACCACAAAAGCGUGCUACACUCAAUGAAAUUUACAGCUACAUCACAACACAUUUUCCAUAUUUCGAAAAGAAUAAGAAAGGCUGGCAGAAUUCCAUACGACACAAUUUAAGUUUGAAUGAGUGCUUCAUAAAGGUACCACGCGAGGGUACGGGUGAACGUAAAGGAAACUAUUGGUCGUUGGAUACACAAUACGAGAAUAUGUUCGAGAAUGGCAAUUAUCGGCGGAGAAGACGCAUGAAGCGACCAUAUCGUUCAGUGGGACAUUUUCCGAAACUAAUGACUGAUACCUGCCCCACGAAAAUGAUUUUCAAUCACACACCUUGCCAAACCUACUACAGAUACAACACAAAUACUCAAUGGAUACCCACGCAGACAAUAGCCGGUUAUGGUCCAGCUACAGUGAGAAGCAGCUAUCCGAAUAACUCAGCAACUAGUUUUUCUCCACCAUUAUUGGGUGCGAACAACUACAACAGCAUUAUCCAGCCAGAAGCAAUACCGACAGAAGGCGUAAAAAUGUUGGAUCCAUGUUCAUGUCCCAUUUGGAAUACAAUUCCCGAAUUGAUGAUUAAGGAUGAGCAUUCUUCAACACAAAGUCACGGCGAUGCUACUUUGAUCAGUUACCAGAAGCAAUUCGCAUUACAUUAAUAAAUAUUAAAAUCAAUUAAGGAAACACAUAGGAUAACAAAAUAUUUAAUAAUAAAAAUUGCUGUAAAAUUAUUGUAUAUCCUAAAGAAUAAAAGAAAACUAUUAUGUAUAAUUCAAUCAAAAAUAUAAUAAAAUGAAAUGUAAUAAACCAAAUAAUAUAGUAUACAA